GAGCUUUGAUAUACAUGCUCAAUGGCUCAUUAUGCGCGUGUCUCAUUUAGACCAAGACGCCACCAUCCACACACAAUGCUCGAAAGGGAUUUUUCCAACUGAUCAGCCAAUUCAGACCAUGGUGUUUACUUUAUAUGACACUUUGUAUGCUAUUAUUCGUGGUUUCUGGUCAAAUUAGUAAAAGUAACACAGCAGCAGCUCUCGAUCCAUUCCAGACGACACUGCUCUGCUCCAGCCUUUAUAGUUGCUUCACGAUUUUGUAACAAGCUGAGCGGCGCGCGCGGGGUGUGUGGUGUUUUACACACAUAUCUGUCGCGACUCGCGAGCCAUGGAAAAAGGCGUUUGGAAAGUGGACAUCAACUCACUUUGAAAUGACUGGCUUUUGUCUUGCUUGUGCGACAAAAUAUAAUGUUGUUGUCCCUAGAAUUAUGUUGUAGAAUAACAACAACAAUGGCACGUGCUGUGUAAACAUAUGCUAUUGAUUUCUGCGCGCGUUCCUCAGGAUGGAAAAUACAUUGCCUUUUAAUUUAGCUGUUUUUUUUUAGACGUUACGAUCUUCACUGUACUCUUGAUCACUGUGUUUUGAUAAGGCUCAUCUCCCUCAAGACUUAUUUUUUCAAGCUCGAGAUGAAUUUCGACCAGUUGCUGGUCACAGUCGGUGGCUUUGGGAGAUACCAGAAGCUUUUGUAUGUGUGGAUAUGUUUACCGCAGAUCUUUCUCGCAUUCCACAUGAUGGCGAGCGUCUUCACGGGCGCCACGCCACCCCACUAUUGUCGGGGUUCAAGGAUGGACGAGGACUGGUCGUUUACUGCCUCCAAUCUUUCAAAUGUGAACAUGAGCAUCUCUCUUCUGCCGGGGCACGCGGACUCGUGCACGGUAGUUUCAGGAAAGAACCAUACUGCACGCUCCAGUUGUGUGACAGGAUGGCUGUACAACCAAGACAUCUUCCACAGCACCACUGUCAGUGAGUGGGAUCUGGUGUGUGAGAAGGCAGGUCUGAACAGCCUGGGCUCGUCUGUCUAUAUGCUGGGACUGCUGGUAGGAGCUGUAGUGUUUGGAGCAAUGGCAGACAGGUAUGGGAGGAGGUUUGCCCUGCUCUUGUCUUUAGCGCUUCAGACAGUGUUUGGUGUGGCCGCUGCCUUCGCUCCAAACUUUCCCGUUUAUGUCGCCCUGCGCUUCAUCAUAGGAAUUUCAGUGUCGGGUGUGAUAAUCAAUGCAUUUGUGCUAGGCACAGAGUGGACCUGCACACAGAGACGGAUGCUAGCCGGCAUCUUCACCGACUACUUCUUCGGCUUCGGCUACAUGCUGCUGGCCGGUUUAGCCUAUCUCAUCAGAGACUGGAGAAAGCUGCAGCUUGCCAUCUCUGCACCAGGCUUUCUCUUCAUAUUCUAUAUCUGGGUUCUUCCACAAUCAGCCCGUUGGCUGCUGGUGAAUAACCGAAAGGAAGAGGCGAUUGAUCUCCUGCGUAAGGCGGCUGCCGUCAAUGGCCGUACCUUACCUCCCUGUGUUCAGGUGGAGCAAUAUGAGGGCCCGCAAGGACGCAGUCAAUAUACAGCUGUCGACCUGCUCCGAACUCCCGAGAUGAGGAGGAGAACGCUCAUACUCUUCUACAUCUGGUUUGUUAAUGUGUUGGUGUAUUAUGGUCUGUCUCUGGGUGUGUCUGACCUUGGAUCAGACCUUUACCUCACUCAGUUCAUGUUUGGAUUGGUGGAAAUUCCCGCAAGGUCACUGGUGUUGGUUCUCCUGCCCUGCAGUCGACGAAUCCCGCUGAGUGUGUUCCUGGCUGUGGGAGGCGGUGCAUGUCUGCUUACCCUCACUGUCCCAGCAGACAGUGCUCAUAUCCGAACUGGUUUGGCCAUGGUGGGGAAAUUUGGAAUUACAGCAUCUUUUGCCAUCAUCUAUAUUUAUUCUGCAGAACUUUUUCCAACUGUUCUCAGGCAAACAGGUAUUGGCGUUUCCUCGAUGUUCGCACGGAUGGGUGGAGUUUUAGCGCCACUAAUAAACCUGCUUGGACGCCACACACCUGUUGUGCCGAUGGUGAUAUUUGGCUCCACCCCUCUGCUUGCUGCAGUGUUUGCCUUAGCACUGCCUGAGACUGCCAAUCAACCACUACCAGACAGCAUUUAUGAUACAGAGAAUUUCUCCUCUUUUUCCUCCUUUAGAUCUUCUCUGAAAUAUGACGGACAAAUUCCUGUCCUUACCAGCCAAUCACCAAGCAGCACAGAAGGACAGGAACUGCAGAGUUUAGCAGAUGAGUCCAGAUAGGCAUACAUGAUCACACACAAACUCUAUGCAGAACCUCUUUAUAUUGUUUUUCUUUAUCAGUCACGAUGACGCUAAUGGGUAAGGUUUUGAUACGUUUUAUACGUUUAUAUUUUCUGGAAUGGCUGUUGGUUGUGUAUUUAACUGAAUUACAUUAGGACUAGCAGUUUUAAUCAAACUAAAGUGUAAAAUGUAAAACAUGGAUCAGUGAAAGCAAUGCGAUUGGUGCGUCACUUCUCUCUAUCCACCAUCUGGCCUCUCUAUGCAAAACAGAUAUGCUUAGAACAAACAUUUGUGAAUGAGAAAGCUUAAUUAAAUACGUUCAGUUCGGUUUUAACAGAUAAUCAUAUUUAAUAUGUGAAUUAUUUCUUCUGUUAAAAGGACCAAAAAUAUUGAUUUUUGUCCAAUCAGAAGCUCUUUAUAAUGAGAAUGUCCCUCCCAGCAGCACCACUGGCAACUGACUAGCAACUUUGGUCUAGUGGAGAGAAAACCAGUGCCUUCUUUGUAAUGUAGUCCUUUAUAUGUGUCCAGUGUUUGGGAAUUACACCAUAUUUGUCUUAUGUGGGCUUGCAUUUAGUUUAGCUUGAGAUGACAAUCCCCAAAGCUGUUUGAAAUUGUUUUAUUAGCAUGUUGGUAUCCUGAACAGUCUCAGUAGCUACAGGGAAAAGCAUCUUGUUUAGUGCUGUUUUGUCUGCAUGUAGUUUUUCUAUUGAUUUUAGUGAAAAGACUGUCAUCAUACGCACAAUUAAAGUGGUUUAAUGUCAGUGUGGGAUUGAUAUGCCAUGCUUUCCAACUUUGCUUGAGCCAAUGAUACAUACACUCGUGCAACCAGACGUCAAUCUCAGCCAUACACUGCCAAAUGACAGUCUAAUUUUUAACUUUAAAUACUGACAUUAACAUUUUAAAAACAGGGAAUUGUAGUUUUAUUGCAUGACAUUCUUUGAUGGAAAUGAACUUUUUUAUUAUAGGCCUAAUGCAAUUUAUCUAAUGUUGACAGAUCAGAUCUCAAAGGGAUAGUUCCACCGACAUAUACAAAACUGUCAUGAUGUGUCCUAUAAUAAUUACGUGUUAUGGACAGUCAUGCGGAAACACUGUUCAUUUGUACACACAGUUUUCGUUUCAGCGUUUGAUGAGGAAAAAAUGUCAAAUGGUGACAGAAAACAUGUCAAUUGGAGUUAAGAAGAGACUCAUUCGUACCUAUUAUUCAUCUUAUUUUCCGAAAA